GGUUAAUAUGUCAAGGGCUGUGGGCGGAGUUACGUAUUGUGGUAGGCGGGGCGGGGUUACAGGCCGAGUUUAGCAUGCAGAGUUCAAAGCUGGAGGGAAGGAGCAGAGAGGACAAUCGGCGUUCCGGAGAUUGCCGAGGGGAGUACGAACACAACGUGACAGCCGCUAGGAGCGCUGUGACACACUGAAAGUACGGCAGGCGCUCUCCAGUGUAACGAUACUCGCGCUCGCGCCGAUGUUUUGAUUAUCUGCCGCGAGGACCAAUCAGCGCGGGCAGUGGGCGGGGCUGAGCUCGCUGGGAUUAGGUGGUGUGACACGUACGGCGGAAGCGGAGGGACAAGCUGUGAGGGAACGCGGAGAGAGACAGCGAUACGGCGGCUAGAGGCAGGUCAGUAACGGCGACAGCGGGACACACACACACACAGGGCCGGGGCGGGGAGGACGUCAGCACUGUCUACACUGGGAAUGUAUCGCUUUACACGGCCGCCAGCACCACAGUCACCACCGGCAGGCUCUAACAAAACAAUAGGCCUCACCAGGGGCGUGUCUCUGCGGCCAGCACCGCCUGCCUGAGGGUGAUUAGAGUUAGAGCACCGCCUGCCUGAGGGUGGUUAGAGUUACAGUACCGCCUGCCUGAGGGUGAUUAGAGUUAGAGCACCGCCUGCCUGAGGGUGGUUAGAGUUACAGUACCGCCUGCCUGAGGGUGAUUAGUUACAGCACUGCCUGCCUGAGGGUGAUUAGAGUUAGGAGCACCGCCUGCCUGAGGGUGAUUAGAGUAGGAGCACCGCCUGCCUGAGGGUGAUUAGAGUAGGAGCACCGCCUGCCUGAGGGUGAUUAGAGUAGGAGCACCGCCUGCUUGAGGGUGAUUAGAGUAGGAGCACCGCCUGCCUGAGGGUGAUUAGAGUAGGAGCACCGCCUGCCUGAGGGUGAUUAGAGUAGGAGCACCGCCUGCCUGGGGGUGAUUAGAGUAGGAGCACCGCUUGCCUGAGGGUGAUUAGAGUUAGAGCACUGUGACAGGAGAGGAGCUUUGCUUCCCAUACUGGGGGGCAUCCCCCUCACUCCGUGGGGUUAUUUAUGGGGGUGACAGGUUAAUUACACCCCUGGUUCCCCCAAUGGCAGCUGCUGACUGGCAGCCCUCAGGUGUCCAGAUUGAGGGAUUUUUAUAGCUACCCAUACAUAUUGCUGGCCUCCCUGACUUUAUGACUGACUGGCUGAUUUCCUGUGUCCGCAGUGAGUGUUACUCCAUGUUACACAAUGACAGCAAUCGUCAUAACAUGGAGUAUACAGACUGGGGUUACUGUAUGAGGUCAUGUACACAGUGAUAUUGCAUCAUGGCUCUGGUUUCUGUAAACAGGUCCUGGGUAAAGUGUAGGAGGCAUGAUGUACGUGUGACCCCAACACAGGUUGUUUGUCUUGGUAUGUGAGGUCUGGUGCUCUAUGCAGGUUUUGUAUUUUCUUAAUCCCCACACUUGUAAUGUUUUCUCACUUAGGAAGCUGAAUGGCUUCUCCCAUUCAACUCAUGUUUUGUUUGGGGUUUUUUUCCAGAUGAUUACAUACACAAUAUUUACUUUAGUUUGUAAAAGUAAUACAAACAUGGGGGGGAGGGGGACACACACACACACAAAAAAAAAAUGCAGAAUAUGAGUUAUUUCUCAAAUUAAAAAACAAACAAAAAACACCUGUAUGGGUUUGCAUGUAACAUCUGUUCACUUUCUCAAACAAGCAAGUCUAAAUUCAGCCCGGUAAAAUAAGACCAGUUCUUAAAAUAAACAUAAAAUGAUUGUUACAAACGUAACUUAUACAAGACUAUUUAUCCGAAAAAGGAUUAUCUCUGUUAUGCAAUAAGGUGUCUAAUGAUAGGGGCAAACAAGUGCUGCCUCAUGAUUUUGUUACUAGGUGGUUGUAAACGUUAUUGUGUUGACCUGAUAUUAGCUUGUGCAUGUGACCUUUGAACGACACUUUUCCCUACUUUAGUGCUUAUAGAGGGGAUUGAAAGUCACUCUUAAGACACUGAUCACCUUUAAAAGUCACCUGACCGGUAAUUGCAACUCGUAUUUCUCCAUUUACACGAGGAGUAAUGUGUGUAUGGUAUGCCAUCAUGAUGGGAUUGAGGACUUUUUGAAGUCUCUGUCCCUGCAUACUGUACUACACACAUUUGAUAAGGGAUUGCCAUUUUAAUGGUAAUCUCUUUCCCAGAACGUUCUAAAUGAACCUUGUGUUUUGUGUUCUAAAUAAGAAAAAAGGAAAGUCAAGAUUAAACAAACAUUUUAAGUGACUACCCAUGCAUUCAGGAGAAAAACAAAAUGUAGCGAUGGGGUUGUUAUAGAUAGACAGUUAUACUUUGCAAAUAGUGGCUCAUAUUAGUAUAUGUGAUUUUAGUACAAGUUACUGUUAAUGGGGAAUGGUCAGUUUUCUGAUUUUGAAAAGUUAUUGAUAUUACUGGAGUGAUUAGUUCAACAGAGGCAGGUUACUCUGCAACCUUUCCGGAUGUUGGUGCUGGUAGUCUUCCCAAGAUGCAUGAGAGUGGAGGAUUCCUCCUUCCAUAUGGAAGUUUAUGAACUCUAAGUCAGGGGACAUUAUUUGAUAGAAGUUGUUAUGAUUGCAUAAAGCAAAAAUAAAUAAAAUAAUGUGAAAUUGUGUAGUAUAAAUAUCUUGCUUACUAAGCAAAUAUACCCUUAAGUAAUUCAACAUAAUCAAGUCAGUCAAGUUCAACUGUUCACAAGUGCUUGUUACUUCUGUUUCGAUUGCAAUAUUUUUAUAUCUAUCGUUAUGCUUAUUUAAAUGAAACUGGUGUGAUUUUUUUUUUUUUAUCACUUUUGUUAAACAAGACAUUUUUAAAACCUGCAUAACAAUAUGCAAAUUAUUGCUUUGUGGUUUGUCUCAGCAAGAUAUGUCAAAAAGUUACUCCAAGAACAAUGACCACUUCACUGGAGUGUAUAUAUGCAGUGCAUUACUAUAGUACACUAUACAGAUAUAGCACAUCGCUUCCAUGGGUUUAAGUGCACCUCUGGCAGACCGGAAUGACCAUUCCUGGUGGCAUGGACCCCCCCCUUAUGUGCUGCCCAAGUCCUCCUUUGUGAUAUAAUCUACCUCCAGUAAGGGGCAGUGAUGUCAAUAGAGGAGAAUCAGACUGAAGGAGAAUUUGACUUCGGUGUGGGAUCGCAUGUACUUUUUUGCUAACAGGGGCAUGCUGUUUUUUUGGUUGGGGUAAAUGUGACAGACCCGCUGGCACUCCGACCGAGUACCUCCGCCAAUCGAUGCUCUUAGUGCUUGCCGAGGACUCCAACCGACACCAUCAGCACUGCAGACUUAUCCCAUCGCCCAAGCAUGAGCCAAGGCUUCAAGAAAGGGUCAAGCAGGUCUGUUUAAUGAGCACACAAAAGUAACAGCACUCAUGCAGCAAAACACCUCCUCAGAGGAAAACAAAAUGACAGUUAACCCCUUCAGGACCGAGGACGGUUCAGGACCAUCAUCAGCAUUUUUGCGUUGCUGACCGGUGACGGUCCUUACGGUCCAAUGUACUUACCUGAUCGCCGUCGUUUCCCCUGCAGCCCAGACAGUCUCCCCAUGGCGGAUUAGGACCCCUGGGGCCAUGUGAUCUCUUAACAGAGCAAUCACAUGGUCACAAUAGGUGUCCAUGUGUAUACCUGCAGGGGGACUGCCUGUGCUGACAGGCAGUCUCCCUGCUAGUGUAAAAUCAUAAAAAAUAAAAAUAAAAAAAAAUUAAAGUUAAUAAAAUAAAAAAAUUGUGUGUGUGUGUGUGUGUAUAUAUAUAUAUAUAUAUAUAUAUACUCUCAUACUAAGUGUAUUUUUAUAUUAAUAUAAAAAUACUUAUAAUUAAAUUACGUGUAUGUAUGUGUAUAUCUUGAAGAAGACCCUGUGAGGGUCGAAACGUCGAUUGCACAUGUAAUUUGCACUUUAGAAUAAAUCAGUAUUCAGAUGAAGACCUGUGAGUGCUCCUUAUAUUUUUGUUAUAUGUUUAAACGCUGAGGAUGGCACCCAGGCAGCAAUAUACAAAUUAUUUUUGAAAAAUUAAGGGUGAGUGCCAAGAAGAAGAAGGAAAAACAAAAUAAAAAAAAAAUAAAUAUAUAUAUAUAUAUAUAUAUAUAUAUAUAUAUAUAUAUAUAUAUAUAUAUAUAUAUAUAUAUAUAUAUAUAUAUAUAUAUAUAAAUAUAUAAAUUUUAAAUUAAAAUUAAAAAAAAAUGGCUGAAGUGGUCUGGGUGCCUAGAGUGGUCCUUUAAGUAAUUUUAUUGAUUGCAAUUUGAGGGACCUGCCUGCCAACCCAGGCCAAAAGUCCAGAUAAUUUAAUUUGCUAGCACUGUAUUUUACCCUUUAACUUUCUACGACACCCUAAAACCUGUGCAUGGGGGGGGUACUGUUUUACUCGGGAGACUUUGCUGAACACAAAUAUUAGUGAUUCAAAAGAGUAAAACCUAUCACAACGAUGAUAUUGUCAGUGAAAGUGACUUUUUUUUUUUUUUUUUUGCAUUUUUUCCACACACAAACAGCACUUUUACUGAUGAUAUAAUUGUUGUGAUACAUUUUCUUGUUUUGAAACACUAAUAUUUGUGUUCAGCAAAGUCUCCCAAGUAUAACAGUACCCCCAUGUAGAAGUUUUAUAGCGUUUUUGAAAGUUACAGGGUCAAAUAUAUGGGUCAAAUAUUUUUACAUUGAAAAAGGCCUGGUUGGUUAUGUUGCCUUUGAGAGCGUAUGGUAGCCCAGGAAUGAGAAUUACCCCCAUGAUGGCAUACCAUUUGCAAAAGAAGACAACCCAAGGUAUUGCAAAUGGGGUAUGUCCAGUCUUUUUUAGUAGCCACUUAAUCGCAAACACUGGCCAAAAUUAGCGUUCAAUUUAGUUUUUUACUUUUUUCACACACAAACAAAUAUGAAUGCUAACUUUGGCCAGUAUUUUCGACUAAGUGGUACUAAAAAAGACUGGACAUACCCCAUAUUGAAUACCCUGGGUUUUCUACUUUAAAAAAAAAUAUGUACAUGUGUGGUGUUAUUCAGAGAUUUGACAGAUAAUAGUGUUACAAUGUCACUAUUGAUAAAUUUAAAAAAAUUUAUGUUUUGAAACCGCAAUAUCCUACUUGUACCUAUAGCCCUACAACUUGCAAAAAAGCAUGUAAACACUGGGUAUUUUUAAACUCAGGACAAAAUUUUGAAUCUAUUUAGCAGUUUUUUUUUUUUUCAUUUGCUUUUGUAGAUGAGUAAAAGAUUUUUCAAGUAAAAGUAAAAAAAAACAUUUUUUACAUUUUUCAUCAUAUUGUUUUAUUUUUAAAUUACAUGAGAUUAUAUAAAUAAUGGUAUGUAAAGAAAUCCCCUUUUGUCCUGAAAAAAACAAUAUAUAAUUUGUAUGGGAACAGUAAAUGAGAGAGCGGAAAAUUACAGCUAAACACAAACUCCACAAAAGUGUAAAAAUAUGCCUGGUCGCAAAUGUACAACAUCGCAAAAACAGUCCAGUCCUUAAGGGGUUAAAAAGGUCAGACAGAGUUUGAAAAUAUGACAGUUAUUGGAAGUUGCAGAACUAUGCCAGUACCAUUUAAAGGGCCAGAACAGUCUUUUAGAACACCAAUAAGUCCAAAUGGUGUUUCUAACUGGCGAAAUCUCCCAGGGAUCAUAGUCAUACGGCAAGAGGCUGGUAAUUAGUCCUCUCCAGGCACAAGUGGCGAAGGGCACUUCGUCACAGUAAUCAGUUAAAGUAGAGGCUGCAUACUUCUUUUGUCAUUUCUUAAAAGUGAUUUGCAGGAAACAUGGCUCCUAAAAAUCUUACUUAUCUGUCAUUUUAUUUUUAAUUCUAUGGAUGUUCACCAUUACUGGCAUCUUCCAAAAUCUUCUUUAGGGGUUAACAAACUGUCCCCUCUUCUCAAUUUAUGCAAGAUUUCAAAUCACCACCUUUUUUAAAGUAUCCGAGUUGACAACUGUGAGAGUACCCAUCCGGACUGCUUUGUGUCUCAGCCUAAAGUGGAAGGCAAUGAUUUAAUUCUUCUAUUUAGUGAGUGUUCCGGUUUUGUGUGAAGUGUUAUAAUAGUUACAUCUAGAUUGAGUGUUAAAAUUCUACGGAUAGUGAUGUCCCGAACAGUUCGCCACGGACUCAUCAUUGAGUAAACUUUGACCCUGUACCUCACAGUCAGCAGACACAUUCCAGCCAAUCAGCAGCAGACCCUCCCUCCCAGACCCUCCCACCUCCUGGACAGCAUCCAUUUUACAUUCAUUGUGAAGCUGCAUUGUUAGUGAGCUGUCCAGGAGGUGGGAGGGUCUGAGAGGGAGGGUCUGCUGCUGAUUGGCUGGAAUGUGUCUGCUGACUGUGAGGUACAGGGUCAAAGUUUACUCAAUGAUGAGUCCGCGGCGAACCGUUCAGGACAUCACUAACUACGGACUAUAUUGCUUACCAUUUUUUAACCUACAACUUGUUACUCCUGCAUAUGAGACUUGCCUGCAUAUACAGCUAUUUGCCCUUCUUAAUGGUACCUCUGCUGCUGCCCUUAUAUCUUUUCUGAGCCUGGUUUUGCUUCACUAAAUUAGUUGUAAUAAUUGGUAAAUACUCUGCUCAUUGGGAAAAUUGCAGUGUUUCGCUCUAUUCCUUUAAUCCUCCAAGAAGCUUAGCCUCUUUUGUAUUAUUGUUUUCAGUUAAAAUAUAUAUAUAUAUAUAUAUCUCAUUCUCUAAAUGUAAACCAUUAAUUUGCAUUAACUUUAUUGUUUGUUUUUUUUGCAUUUUGGUUAAUAUUCUAUUUUAUGACUACAACAAGUUUGAUAUUGGCUGUGCUUUUAUUUCCUUUAAUUUUAGAUUUGUAUUAAGUUGCCCUAUCAAGCACUUAUUGCAAGUCUUCUAGUGUCCCAUGAUAUUGUGUCAUGCAUGAAUGGAGAAGGUAGCUGCCCCUAGGUUUGUGUGCCAAAGAACUGUUCUGUUCUUCGCUGUGCGUUUCUCCUUACUAAUGUCUCAUUAUUUGCUGGUAUUGUUACCCACAAAGAAGUAACCAUUAUUCUCACAGACGUUUAGAUAACGUGCUGUGUGGCAGUAAAACUUGCGUUAAUGUAUGUUUAAAAAAAAAAUUCCCUCCUGUAUUUUAAUUUUUAAAACCUUUUUAUCGUGCAUUCUUGCAUUACUGGAACUACAUUUGAUAAUGGGUUGAUUUAGUACAAUUUUAUGAGUGUGUUGUUUUGUUUUUUGAAACCCUGAGAUUGUGAGGUUAGUGCAAUAGAACACUGAUAUAUAUUCAAAUCAGGCUUAAGCACAAAGGAGUGGAAGUCGGUAUUUUUCACUUGUGUAAGUUCUCGUUUAUUUUGUAUGAACAGGGAGCCACAAAUUACUAUUGUGUGUUUUGAAAAUGGGGAAUUAUGAGUGCUUGUAUGUUGGACAACAACGAGAAUGUUUGGUGAUGUGAAGAUACCAAGGAUUUAUUGUACUUAAAUUGUGACCCUAUCGUGGUUUUUUUUUUUUGUUUGGUUUUUUUAAGGGACAAUCAAGAACCUUUUUUAAUCCUAAUUAAGUGAUCUCAACUGCGCUGUCACAGUUGAAAAAAAGGGUCUGUUUCAAUGCCAACACCCUAGUGGCUGUUAUUUAGACAGCCAUUAGAGGCUUCUGACUAAAAUAAAUUCAAUAAUUCAACUUAUUAUAUGUCCAGUGUCUGUAUGAGGUAUGUGCUGAUUACUUAUACUGGCUGUGUAUCCAGUUCUUCUCAUACAGAAUCACUGGAUUGAUGGAUCUCAGCUAUUGAUGUAUAUGCCCACAAUGCUUAAAUAAGCAAAAAAAAGUAAGAGGGGUGGGAGGGGGUAAAUCUAAACAGCUAAAGAUCUGCAAGGAACCCACACCCAUGAAUAUAUAUUUGACUGUUCCUUUAAGGUGUUAAAAAUAUUGCCGAACGGGUACUUGGCUUUUUAUUUUUUUUAUUUUUUUUUUCCAAGCGUCCUGACAAGAAGCAUCUCAUUCUGGUCUGUGAUAACUGAUCAUAUCCCAUAAUUAUCUGUACAGCAGCAGUUUAUGUAAUAAGUACUUUAUCCCUAAAGACUAAGUAGCAGUCAUCGCAUAGGAUGGUUGGAACUGCUAAUUAAACUGACAGCAGCUGUGAUAACUGGAAUGUCUACAUCGCAGGGCUAACUCUACCUUUAGUGGAUGUCUUCCUGAUUGCCACUAGAGGUGCUUGACUCGGUCACUUGACACAAAAGUCCAUACAGUGAUAUUUUUUUUUCCCAAUGAGGAAACUUGGAUGUGUGCGAUGCUUGCUCAUCAGGUCCCCAAAUCUCCUGUAUAGAGAACAUUGGAUUGCACCAUUGCGGCUCAAUAAUGAAAUGGCAGGUGGGGAGGUGAGCAUGCUCUGCGGAACAGGGUAAGUAAAACUUGUAUAGAUCUGUACAGGAAAACUAUAGUGUUAGGAAUACAUUUGUGUUGUGUUAGGAAUUGAGGGCUCUGCUUUAGUAUCUUCUGUGGUAUGCACACUUCAUGAACAAAGUUUGCGGAUGGCUCUGGUAAGCCUUCUUAUAGUGGUAGCUAAUUUUUUAUUUUAUUUAUUUUUUUUGCAAUUUAUUGUCGUUUUAAUCUAUUUUGGAUAUAAGAGUGGGCUCAGGGUGCUCUAAUCAUCAUUCACAAUAAUAGAAAAUGCUUAGACAAAAAAAUAAAAAUAGGGGAAGGUGGUUAUGAUUUGCUAGCUGGUAUUGUAUCACAAUAUAGUAAAACUUUUUUUGGUUGGAGUAGUCUUUUAAACAUGCUGUGAUGUGACACUCUUUUUUUUCAGAAAGUGUUUAGGGAGGCUGUGUGAGUCUCAGCUAGAGGUGUGACUUGGGCUGCAUAAACAAAUAGUUUUAACUCCUAAAUGGCAAAGGCUUGAGCCUUGACACUGCAGGGUUAUAAUCUAUACAGUAAAACCACUGCGCUAAGCUAAAGGUGUCUCUUUAAGUGACUCUGUGUUUUUCGUUAUUUUAACACCUUUCCUCUGGGUGUCUUUAAAUCUUGCCAGCCUUUUCAAAUGCAGGGAUCAUCCAACAUCUGCUAUAUUUUACCAUCUGCUUGUUCUUCUAAAGAAAAAAUAGUGGAAUGUUUUUAGCGAUUGUAUUACUUUGAUGUCAGUAAAGAUUGAUGAUUAAAAUUGCAGUUAUCAGAAAUUGUUUAUGCACCAUAUAUACCUUUUAUAUUAUUUUUAUCUCUUGCUGUAUGUUGGUCAUUGACUUUAAAAGAUGCAUUAUCUGUAUGUAGCGUGAUCCCUUGCUCUGCUUUUUACAUUGGGUUCAGUGAGCACGUAUACCACCACAGAGUUCACUGAACCUAAAAGGCCUGGAUUCCAGUUGGUAAAUUACAUCACGUGACAUCUGUGCUUACUUUGUUUUUAUUAUUAUUAGUACCAGACACUGAGCUCUCCUCUGCAACUCACUUGACCAUAUCAAAAAUGAGCAAGGGUCAGAAUUAACUGAAAAGCAGCCUGUAAGGGAGCCUUAGUGAUUGUGUAUAUAUGUUGCAAUCAAACGCAGUUGGGCAUACACAUUCUCUGACAAUUUAUUUUCACACACUACAUUGUUAAACACAGAUCUGCACACCAGUCAAGCCAUAAGACUUGUUUUUUUUACAGAAAUCUCAACUUUGCACACAAUAUUAUUGUGUGUGUGUAUAUGUGAUAUUCUGUUUGUGGUGAUGAGGCCUGUCUAAAAUGUAUUGUUAAUGCCAGGCAAAUAUACUAUAGGACUGAAAUUAAAUUACUUCCUGCUAUGAGUUUGUAAAUUGCUUAUCCAGCUAGGGUAAGUCAACAUGAUGAAAUGCUGUCAAAUAAUUUCAGUUUUACUGUGGAAUAGAUACAGCUACGUAGUUGUUUUUUAUAAUGGGGGAUUACUGAACUUUAUUGGAUGAAAUGCAAAAGUCUAGCACACUGUAAUGGUUAUGGUGCUUGGAGUGUUCUUUCAAUAUGGUAAGAGCUUGCAGCUGCACAAUCAAGUUUAGCUGGAAAUUCGAUCCACUAUUGCAUAGAACAGCAUGACUAUAUUCAAUAUUUUCUGUGUGGAUCUGUCCAUCUUUCUCAUCAAUUUCUAGUCUUGGAUUUGCACAUUUUCCCUUAACCCCAUGGGAACAUGGUUCAUUCAGCUUAUCCAGGCCGCAAUCCCAAUAUAAAUUUGUGGCCAAGUGGUACUGCACUCUUGCUUGUGUAAAAAAAAUACAAAAAAUUAAAAAAAAAGUGUAUUAUCAUGUUUUAUCUCUCCCCCCUUUCAUUUUAGUUUUGUUUAUCAUUAAAGGCUGUUUAAUACUUCUAGUCUUUUAUGUAUUUAACAAUAAAAUACAGGUGUUGAGUGGAUCAACCUGCUUAAUGGAUUAAACGAUAUUUUAAAGGGACACUAUAUAGUCAUCAGAACAACUACAGCUUAAUGUAGUUGCUCUGGUGAGUGUAAUCAUUCCAUGCAGGCAUUUUCACUCUUCAGCUGGCCACUGGAGGUGCUUCCUGGGACUGCCGUUCAGCGUCUCAACGCACUGCAUGGAGACAAUGAAUUUUCCUCAUAGAGAUGCAUUGAUUCAAUGCAUCUCUGUGAGGAGAUUCUGACAUUUGGCCGGGCCUCCUUGCUGAUUUCAGCCAAUCCAAUGGAUUGGCUAAAAAACAUAAAUUCUGGUGUCAGCAAGGAGGUGGAUCGGGGCAGGGCCUGCUACUGGAAAUAAGGUAAGUUUUAUUCUUUUUUUUUUUUUUAAGGGGGGCAAGCCACCCAAAUGGUGGUUUUAACAUUAUAGGGUCAGGAAUACACGUUUAUGUUCUUGACACAAUAGUGUUACUUUAAAUGUACCAAUUAGAAGACCAUCAUAUAUACUAAGGUUCGACCUAUUAUCGGUCUGGCCGAUAUUAUCAACCAAUAUUCUGAAUUUUCAGCAGUAUCGGCCUAUAAAGAUACCGAUAAUGCAGACUAGGGCCGCAUCAGGGCAUGACAACCGGGCUGGGGGGCCCGCAGCACACUCUUGCUUGCCUUCCCAGUAGCUCCCUUCAACUCCCCUGUCUAAAUCUUGCGAGUCCCAUGGCUGUCAGAGCGUUGCCACGGGUUACCAUGGCAAUGAUCUGCACAGCACGCAUGGCGCGAGAGUUGGAUGGAGAGCUGCUGGGAACGGAAGUAAGAGUGUUGCUGGGCCCCCUUUGCAGAGUCCAUGCCACCGGAUCACCAGGGACUGCCAUAUCCCUCCCUCCCUCCCUGGCCAGGUAAGAAGCAGGGAGGGGGGGGGGGACUAAAACUAAAUGUAAAAAAAAUAAAAAUAUAUAAAUCCCCCAUUUUACACACAUUACAUACCUACACAAACACACACUCACACUGCAUUCAUUAUAUACACAAUAAACAAACAAACACUGCAUUAACUAUAUACACACACUGCAUUCACUAUAUACACGCUAAACAAACACACUGCAUCCACUAUAUACACGCUGAACAAACACACUGCAUUCACUAUAUACACGCUGAACAAACACACACUGCAUUCACUAUAUACACGCUGAACAAACACACACUGCAUUCACUAUAUACACGCUGAACAAACACACUGCAUUCACUAUAUACACGCUGAACAAACACACUGCAUUCACUAUAUACACGCUGAACAAACACACUGCAUUCACUAUAUACACGCUGAACAAACACACACUGCAUUCACUAUAUACACGCUGAACAAACACACACCGCAUUCACUAUAUACACGCUGAACAAACACACUACAUUCACUAUAUACACGCUGAACAAACACACUGCAUUCACUAUAUACACGCUGAACAAACACACACCGCAUUCACUGUAUACACGCUGAACAAACACACACUGCAUUCACUAUAUACACGCUGAACAAACACACUACAUUCACUAUAUACACGCUGAACAAACACACACUGCAUUCACUAUAUACACGCUGAACAAACACACUACAUUCACUAUAUACACGCUGAACAAACAAACACUGCCUUCACUAUAUACACGCUGAACAAACACACACUGCCUUCACUAUAUACACGCUGAACAAACACACACUGCCUUCACUAUAUACACGCUGAACAAACACACACUGCCUUCACUAAUCAAAUACUCUCACUCUCACAUCCACUACACACACAUGUAUUCUUAAAAACAUGACUGGCAUGUAUAUUUUGUGCAUUUACCUUAAUAAAAAUUUUUUGCAAACAUAAUAAACAUGUUCAGUUAACAGUAGAUUAAAGAUAAACUGAGCAUCGGUAAGUUAUCUGCCUGAAAGUUCACAGAUUAUCGGCGUCCCUAAUAUAUACCCAUAAAACGUUAAUGCUCUAAUUUCAUAUUUGGUGUGACUGUUCCAGCCUUUGGGGUGUUUUUUGUUCACUGGUUUGGAAACUGAUUAACUCCCUAUGCAAGUUGAACCUGCCUUUGUGGCAAUAUUUCUGUAUAGCUUCCUUCUACUAUUUCUUUUCCCCAUAGAGUCGUAACUAUCCAUAAUAUCCUAGCAGCUAAGAGUCUUAUGGCUCUUAAACGGAAGGGUCAAGUAAUCCCUACUUUGUAGGAGCUGCUCACACAACACUAUAGCAAUUGCGCUUAUGAAAUGGCCAAGUCCCAGAAAGAUAAAGUGGAAAAGAUUUGGUUCAGCUCUACAUCUGUAGCCUAGGUUAUCUGAGCCUAUCACUCACACACAUUCGAAUGUGGGGUCCACUGCAGCAGUUUCAAUCUCAAUCAGUGGAUGCACAAGGUCCUCUCAUUCCUGUUCACUGAGGCUAUAGUUAAAGAUUUGCUACUAUUAUGUAAGCAGUUUCAUAAUCCUUUUUCUUGCAAUGAUGUUACUCAUCUUUGUAUCUGUUUUUUUUUUUCUUUCUUUAAUUGAUGUAUAAUUGUAUACAAUUGCCUAUAUUUGUAUGCAUUGUUAUACUUGCCCUUAAGUAAAAAACAAACUUUGGUUAAAAAAAAUAUAUUUUUUUGCCUCCUAAUUCCACUUUAUACAUGAAUUCCUUGGAGUAUGUGUCUGCUGCAUACAACAAUUUUGAAACACAACUCAGGAAGAGGUGUCCAUGCGUGGUUCACUGGCUUUGCUCCUCUUCCUGAGUUUUGUUUCAAAGCUGUUGUAUACAGCAGACACAUACUCCGUGGAAUUAUGAGGCAAAUAUAAUAAAUGCCUACCCAGAAUCCCUUGCAGUAGUGAGAGCACUGUUAAAGUGAGAUUUCUGUGUUAAAAGCAAGUCUUAUGGCCUGCCUGGUGUGUGUAUUUGUGUUUAACAUUGUGAUGAAUAUAUAUCUCAAGCUUUUGCACUCCUACCUCCAGCCAAAUGAUACCGGGUGCCAAGUCAUACUUGUAUGUAGAAAAAUACCGGCACACCUGGAUUUGUAGAUAAUUCUUUAUUGUCACGCGUAGUCAACGUUUCAGUUCCUACCUUGGUACUUGCAUCAGGACACCAAGGUAGGAACUGAAACGUUGACUACUUGUGACAAUAAAGAAUUAUAAUAUCUACAAAUCCAGGAGUGUCGGUAUUUUUCUACAUUCUUUCUCUCGAUCUAUCUUAACCCUUUCAUGACUGAGCCUUUUCUGAAAUUCUUUACGUUUGUGUCUAAGGCAUAGACAUGUUUGCGUUGUGUGUUCCACUGUAAUUUAAUGCUUUCUCUUAAAGUGCUUUCAUUCAAUAUAUAAAUAUAAUUAGGCAGAUGAGGCUUUUUCUUGAUGCCCUAUAUGUAUGCAUAGCACAAACUUGUAUGUAAAUAACAUUUCUCAUAGGUUUGCUUGUUAUUUCUUUUCAACUAGUGCAGCAAACAAAUGUUAUGGGGUUAAUAUUUGAAGUGGUGAAUUAUGGCUUGAAAGGCAAAAAUUUGUACAAUUGUUUUGUUAAAAACUAUAGCAGUUACGUUAUCCAAAAUUUGCUACAGAAAAGUAUAUAGUAGACCAUAGAUAUAUUGUAGACCAUAGAUCCUCCAUCAAGGUAUUGGUGUUGAUUGGCUACGAGAAUCCUUUUGUGUGCAGUAGAUGACCAUAUAAUGGACGUUUUUUAUUCAGCAACAUCUGUGGGGCCAGCGUUCGAGAAGCUUGUCCUAGGGUGUAUAGCAAUCUGCAUUUUGACACUUUUCAUUUAACCUAGCUAUUCAGAAAAAUGCAACAUUAAAUUGCUCUUCUCUGUGCCUAAAGGGUUAUCCACUACACCUCUCUGAUAAUGCCCAAAGAAGGCCGAUUAUGGGGUAUCACUUCUGCAAAGAGGACUUGCCAGCACUUUGGUUCUGGGCUGCCCGUAUGUGAUGGGACAAGUCUGAUGUACAAUUGGUAUAGGUUCUCUUUGUAAUGGCACAAGUGAGCAAAAACAUUUUUUAGACCUGAGCAGGGACCAACUGAAGAGCACGCUACUGAGUUUUUCUAACCUUCUGUCCAUUAUCCUAUUCUCUGUUUUUGUUGCAGUGUGCUUUUAUUUGGCUGCUGUUUGGUUGACUCUUGUGACAACUGAAUAGCAUUCUGCGUCUAGUGACCCUUUGAUUUAUUGGUAGAUCACCCUAAACACAUAGAUGUCACUAGCACACAGCCAAAGCGAUUUCUGCACUCUUAAUUGAAAGGUUUUGUUGUGGGUUUUUUUUUUUUCUCUCCUUCCUUCUUUCAAGCUCCCUUGAUAUAGUCUGGUUAGUCAAACAAGUAUUGUACUUUUAAUUUCUUUACAGCUAAUGGUAUGUCAUAAAUUUUAAGGUAGAGUAAGGUAAAUAUGUUUGCGGCACAGAUUUAUCAUUCCUGAACUUCUAUAUCUAUAAUCACUAGUGUUACCAGGGGGGGAAUCAUUAAAGGUGUUAAUGACUCAAGAGGCGGGACUCCACGUACUGAGAUCACAGUGCGUGUCUCUGUGGAAAACACUAAAGCCUGUGAUUUCCUUGCAAGAGCCUGCAAUAAUUGCACCAUCUAUAUCAGGGUGUCCCAGGGGAUGACAAAGUCCGCUUGUAACCCCAGUAAAGCUUGAGAAUCAUCAUUCUACAGUGAUACUUGUAGCAGUGAGGUGCCUGUUAUUAGAUCUUUGAACCAAGUCCUGAUUUAGAAGAUCAUUUUACAGCUUUUGCAGAUUUUUUAUUUCUACCAUAAAACUUGGCAUUUUGGAUCUAAACAAAAUAAGGGUUGGUUGACAUUUUAUUCUCAAUGUAGUUGAUAACAAAUCUUCAGUACUUGUUGGUACUAUGUACAAACAAUCUCCAGAACACCAGUGUCUGGUUAAAAUAAAUACCAGCUGUAUAAUCACUCUUUCCUCUUUCUCAGCAGAUUCUUGGACCACUCCUUGACGGCAAAACUAAGAAGAGUUCUCCAAAAUGGAUUUUCUUGAUCGGAAUAUCAACUUUAAUGCUCUUCUAAAGUUCUCUCACAUGUGAGUGUUUCUUUUCUAUUUUAUGUCUUACCAAUUUGGCACAAUUAUCUUAUUAACCUGUGACAUUUGAAGCAUGCCACUUUUUUUCCUUUGUAAAAAUAAAUGAGAAGUACUAUUGUAAUUGUAAAUUUUUUACAAUUUAAUUGUAAGAUCUGAAAUCAUGUAAUGGCUUACCAGAUGAACCCAUUUUUAGUUUAUCCAAACAUUUAGCUGCCCUCCUAUGAUUUAUUUUAAUUUUUUUAGGUUUAGUCACACCCUUCCAGUGCUGUAUAUAAUGUGUUCCCAUGUUGACAGUCUCUUUGUGAUGAUUCAGUUUUCUGAUCUCUGAGUAUGGUAAUAAAAUAUGACUUCUCAGAAGAUCGGUCUGUUCUCCGUCUGAUUCACCUUGGUGUGUUAAUACAGUUAAACAUAAACUAAAUCUGCUGUUGAAAACAUAUACUUUUUGUGCAUCACUCAUUAAUCCCAGUUUAUAUUCCUGUUGAGAUGUAUGUGUGUGUGUGUGUGUGUGUGUGUGUGUGUGUGUGUGUAUAUAUAUAUAUAUAUAUAAUGUGUGUGUGUGUAUAUAUACACACACGCGCAGUAUAUUCUUGAUACAAUAUGCAUAGGAAAUCUUUCAUUUGUAGAACUGGUUUCAUAACUGUGUCUCUGCAUAUACACUCUCAGUGAUUCCUUACAUUCCUUUUCCUCUUUAUUCUAUUUUGGUUUCUGACCAGGAGCUGGGUGUCCAUUUUAAUUAUCUCUAUUUAUUUUUUUCCCUAUGGGUCCUAUUCAGACAAUUGUAGUAGUCUUUGAAUAGUGGAAAUCUAGAGAAAAUCAUGUCCACUUGGCUUGAACAUGGCUAUUUGAACUCUCAGUUCUCGGUCUUAAAACACUGCUGUCCGUUGACUUGUUAAAUUAUUUAUUAUUGAAUAGAAAUUUUUUGUUUUCAUUUGCUAAUUGAUCAAUGUUUCUGCUUGGUCCGCACAUAUGAGGAAAUGUGGAUAUAUGCGUGUGUUUUAUUAUUAUUCUUGAACAAUCAAUUUCAAAUUAAACUCUAUCUGCAGCAGACAUAAGCAGGCAAAAUGGCAUUUUUAAAGUCUACGUUCUUUCCACUAGUAUUUCUUUAUCCUUCUACUCUUUGUUGUAAUGUUUAUAUAUAAAACUUAUCUCUUAUGAUAUUGUCCCUAUUGUUUGCUUGCAGGUGUAAUUGUCUAAACCUGUUACAGACACAGAAUUGCUCUUCUAUUGGUUAGCCAUCAAUGUCAUGUUCAUAACACCAGAAUCACUGUCUGUUCCUUGUUUUUCAGCUCACAAUCUACACAGCAGCACUUGAAGAGAGUGUACUCUAGCUUUGCAAUCUGCAUGCUGGUGGCAGCUGCCGGUGCCUACGUAAAUGUUGUGCUCAGACUCUUACAGGUGAGCAGCCAAAAAUCAACAAUUGGCACUAUUAUGAGAUGGGUAUAAUCACACACUGACAUUUUAUUUCAGUAUGCAGCUGUUUUGUCUUUUAGUCUGUCAUGGAUGGAAAAAUACUGGUCUUCAAGGAACACUAUGGUCACCAGAACAAGUACAGCUUAAUGUAGUUUUUCUGGUGAGUAUAGUCAGUCCCUGCAGGCUUUUUAAUGUAAACACUGCUAUGUCAGAGAAAAAGCAGUGUUUACAUUACAGCCUAUGGACACCUCCAGUGGCCUCUCCUCAGAUGGCUACUGGAGGUGCCGUUCAGUAUCUCCACACUCUGCAUGGAAAUGCUGAACUUUCCCCAUAGAAAUGCAUUAAUUCAAUACAUCUCUAUGAGGAGAUGCUGAUUGGCCAGAGGUUGAUUGGCUGAGAUCAAUUCUGAUGAUGCUAGCUAGGGAGGCGGAUCAGGGACGGGGCCAGUGCCGGCAGAACCGUUCCACAUUAUAAUAUGGGUAAGUAAGGGGAAAAAAGGAGUGGGGCAGCCACCUAAAUAGUUUAACACUGUAGGGUCAGGAAUACACAUUUGUAUUCUUGACCCUAUAGUGUUCUUCUAGAAUUAGGUGAAAUUACCCUACUCUGAAUAUAUAAAAAUAGAAUGUUUAUCAUCGGUUUACGAGGUCUAGUAUUUUUUUGCUUCUUUCCUAACAAAGUUAAGAUAUGCCUAAAGCAAUAGGCCUUAAAGUGCCACUCCACCCCAUAAUUUCAUUUUAAUGAAGUCUAUGAGGGCUGGGGUCUCUGGAUUUUCUUACCUUACCGGUUAACCUUUUGAUUGGUUUAACACCAAACUUGUGUCCUGGCACCCUGUUUCACUGCUUCCCCUGUCCUCUUCCUAGUCGCUGCACUAAUCAGGAUUAUUGGCUUGGGUGCUGGUAUUCGGUUGAGAGUGUCAACUGAUGUUCUUAGCCUAUAUCUGGCUGCCCAUUUUGAGCAACAGUAUGUACCACGUGUGCCCAAGCCAAACCUUCCAAAUUAGUGUGGUGACCAAGAGGACAAUGGUAACUGUACAAAUCAGCACCCGGGUAUGUACCUUCCACGAUAAACUAUUUGAAAAUGAUUUAACCCAGUACGGUAAGAAGGUGACCAGGGACUACUGCCCUCAUAAUGGGAGCAGGAGUUUGGUCUGAGUUUUACUUAAAAGUAAAAUUAAUUUUUUUUUUUUUUUUUUAUAGGUUAGUCUAAAUACUGUUAUCACAUUGUAUCCUUGCAAAAUACAUGGUGCUUAAAUAAUUGUCAUUCCUCUCUGUAUCCUGAGAGUAGGUUAUAAUAGCCCUGAUUUGUAUAAGGCUAGGACUGUCAGUCAGGAAGCUCAGAGCUCUUGGUUGCCUUUGUGAAUUUGGUGCCAAUGGACACAGGCAACUCAGAACCAAGAGUCCUGGGCUUCCUCGUUGACAGUCUUUAGACAUAUACAAAUCAGGGAUAUUAUAACCUACUCUCAGGAUUGUGCAUGUAGCUUGUAAACAUUGCACGCAAAUAGGAAAGGAUCUAGAAACAUGGAAUGUGACGGCAGAUCAGAACCAUUCGGCCCAUCUAGUCUGCCCAAUUUUCGAAAUACUUUCCUUAGUCCCUGAACUUAUCUUAAGUUUAAGAUGGCCUAUGCUUAUCCCACACAUGGUUUCUCCUCCUCAAACAGAGCCAAGUCUUAGUCUGCGUAAGUGUGGUCCACAACUUUUUAGAUUUGGGGAAAACUACUUAUAACAUAGUUCUCUGCUAGACUGAGGAUUAUGGGGCAAGAUCUAUCUCCUUAGACAAGAAUGCUUGCUGCUGCAGGCAGGCUUACUAACCAGUUUACCAAGGGACAUUUUCAAAGACCUUUUUACUUAUUUAUUAUUUCCCAUCUCUACUUCUAAUCCAUUUUAAAAAAUGGUCAAAAGGUAUUCUAAACCAACCGUUUAGCUUUUGCUUUUUUGAUAAGCAAAGGUUAGGGUACACCGCUUUCACUAAAAUAAAAGCACACAUAGCAGAAUUGCCAUUAAGUGUAUUAUUUACUGUUUCUUUUCUUUUUAAUAAUAUGCACCCUUCCCUCACCUAGCAGUUGUCCGUAUAGACCUUAAUGCCAACAACUGAGUGACAAAGGUGAUUUAAAAAAAAAAAAAAAAAACCUCCUACAGGCAGUUCUUCUGCUCUGUUACAGCAGCUACUGUGCAGGCACUGCAGAGGCGUGACAUUCCUCUGGCAGCACACUUUGCUAUUGCUCCAUUUUAAUGCAGUGUUUUUAUUGAAGUCAUAAAGAAGGGUUGCCAUGCUUUAUGACAACAAGCAGGUGGCAGGAAAAAAGAGUUUUGUGGUGGGUCCUCAAUGGUGCAGUGAGCAUCACUGCGUGGACUAAUUGUUCCUAAGUCAAAUCUAUAUAUCUUAUCUUUGUGAUAAUGGAUGUAUAUGUUGCUUUAGUAGCUAUUAAAACGAGCCUGUUAUUACUGACUCUCUCUAAAAUGGUGUUGCCAGCUGAUUGUAUAUUUUUAGCUGACCACUGAUCAGGCUAGAGAAUUGGUGGCGACAUAAUGUGUGUCUCAGUCACAAGUUUCCCCUAGAAAAUUAUGGGACAGCAGGUUAUUAAAAUUUUCCCGGAGGCUGAUCAGUCCUUUGUAAAAAACCUGAGAAUUGAUGAGUUUGUUUAUUAUAUUGUCUAAUAAAUUAAGAAACCACAAUUGGGCGGUAAGGCCACAUGAAAAUGCCAUUUCAAGUUGAGCUUGAAAGAUAUAACUAAUGUUUAGAAGGCAGAAUAAAGUUUAUGUAGAUUGUCAGAAUUGGCAAAGACAUAAUCUCUUUUAUAUCCUUUCCUACAGGGCAGCUUCUUAUCCUUUGCAGGCUCAUUGGGUAUGAUGAUAUGGCUCAUGUGUACCCCUCACAGCUAUGAGACAGAGAAAAAACGCCUGGGAAUCCUUGCUGGAUUUGCAUUCUUUUCUGGUGAGCAUUAUCCUUCACCUAAAUUACAAAGCUUGAGCUUGCUGCAUUUCUACAGAACUAGCGUUUGUGUCUGAUCUUGGAUGUCAACUAAACCAUAAUACCAUAUGAGAUGCAUUUAGCUUUUUUGGGCUAAUGUAAAAAUCUACUUGCUUCCUCUGCUUAUCUGACACAUAGGAAUAAGGGACACAUAAUGCAUCAUUUUACCCUGAGUUGUAACUUAAAUAUUCCACCUACAUUUUACUGCCUUUUAGGAGGUCCUUGCUUGCAAGCACUCGCCUCUCCCUGGCAGUGCAUUCUUAUUGUGAUGAAAUUGGCUGUCGUUGUUGAGUGUGCAUAAACUGUUGAAAAUGCUGCUGUGCAAAUCAUAGUGAUCUUAGGUUAGAUAGGGACUGCUCCCGUUUGAGGCUCACUUAAAUGAUAGCGCUCGUGGAAUCUUAAGACAAAUUGGCAUUCUUCUUUAAUUUGUCAUAAAUAUUCUAAUAAAAGACCCACUCUAAGGGUUAAAAGGGGAACUGUCACUUCUGGAAUUUAGACAAUUCAAUAAAACAUUAAAAAUUACCUGUAACUUCAUAUGAUGCUCUGUUUUCUUUUCAAAUGUUAAAGAUCUAGGAAAUUACAUCACAGUCCAGUUCAUUCCAGACACAUCAAGGAAUGUUCUUCUUUAACCCCUUAAAGGACCACUAUAGUGCCAAGAAAACUCGUUUUCCUGGCACUAGAGUGCCCUCAGGGUGCCCACACCCUCACGGUCCAACUCCCGUGGUGCUGAAGGGGUUAAUCCUUUACCUUUUUUCCAGUGCCAGGGUCCUAUGGACGCUGGCGUCUUCUCACUGUGAAAAUCACAGUGAGAAGCGCCUCUAGCGACUGUCAAUGAGACAGCCACUAGAGGCUGGAUUAACCCAUAGGUAAACAUAGCAGUUUACAGCAAAAAGGGUUAAACCCAGCUGGACCUGGCAUCCAGACCACUUCAUUAAGCUGAAGUGGUCUGGGUGCCUAUAGUGCUUCUUUAAGGUCGGUGGGCGUUCUAUGCCGUCCUUUUUUUUUUUUUUUGGUCCUAAAUGCCGGGGGGCGGGCUGCGUAGUACAUCCUCACCGUCCUUUGUACUUACUGGGUCUCCGCCGUUCCUCCGACAACGGUCAUGAUCCUUGGAUCUGCCUGGGAGCUCAGGUAGACCCCCUCUGCCCGAUCCAGCCAUGUGAUCGCGGGGUCCUCGCGAACACAUGGCCGGAAUAGCUGGCUUAUGCAGUGCCUGCAGUCCCCUUCAUGCCUGUAAAAAAGUUUAUGAAAGUUUUAUAUAUAUCUCUCCAAGUACUUUUAUAUACACAUACAUCCAUCAUUAAUACAAGUGUAUUUUAAUAAUAUUAAAAUACAUUUAGAAUGACGUUAAAAAAAAAUGAAAUCAUAAAAUAAUAAAAAUUAAUAAAUAAAAAAAUGUAUAUACCAGUUCUAGUUUGUUCUAACUAUUUUGAUAUUAAUAUACAUAUAUAUUAAGUUAAAAAUACAUUUAGAAUGACGUGUAUAUAUAUUAACCCCUUCAGCGCCACGGGUGGGGGCACCCUCAGGGCACUAUAGUGUCAGGAAAACCGCUUUGUUUUCCAGACACUAUAGUGAUCCUUUAACUGUUCCUGUAGAUGCAGGUAAGUUGGGUGUUUAUAAUACAAAACAUGAUAAUUUGAAAUGACUCUUAUAAAAAGCGUUUUGCGUGUUUAUAUUUUUUUUUGGUUUGUUUUUGUUUUUUUGUAAACUUAAAUUUAUUUUUAUUGUACUUGCAUAGAAACAAAAUAAAUGUUCUCAUAAUGCUGUGUUUCCUUCUAAAUUCUAGGUGUUGGUUUGGGUCCCGUUUUGAAUUUAUGCAUUGCCAUAAAUCCUAGGUAUGUGUAUAUGCCUCUUUUCUAACCAUACAGUUUGUAUAUGUUAAAACAAUUCAAAUCUGUUAAUAUAGUAUACAGGUGGCCCUCAUUUACUGACCUACCUGUUUUACGAUGGCUCACACUUACGACCAGGCCGUCGUGGGGAUUCCCUGCUUUGGUGCGCAUGUGUAUGUUUGGGAAAACUUCCCCGAAUAUAGACUAACACACCAGAGCAGGGAAUCCCUUAACUCCUUACGUACCAACCAAUUCGUUCUACGACCGGGUCGUAGGAACGGAACCCGGUCGGUAAGUGAGGAGUGUCUGUACAGCGUGUUAGGUCUUUGCAGAAAACCAAACAAUGGCCAAUCCAGCCUUUUAUGGGAUUUACCAAUUUGAAAAGACUUUCUAUGUAGGUAGAAUUUUUUUUUCUGAGGAAAAUGUUAAAACAUUUUUGUUGUAGGCUGUUCUUACAAAAUUAUAGAGGAUUUUCAGUCUGUUUGCUUAGGUGAUGUAUCAAUUUCAAAUGGACAAGCAUGACAAAAUAUUUAGUAGUAUUAGUGAUGCUAUCCUGGUAUAGCUAUUCACAUUGUGCAAAUAAGCAACAUCUUAAAAAAAUUUAAAAGUCCACAAAGCUAUAAAGGAACACUAUAGGCUCAGGAGCACAAAUAUGUAUGAGCAUGGAUAUGCUGAAUGUUAGUGAUACAUGUUGUGCAGCACUGACCAAGGAAGUUGCCAUCUGAGUGACUGUCACUGGAGGUGUUACUCGGCAGUAAUGUAAACACCGCAUUUUAUUUCUGAAAAGACAGUGUUUACAGCAAAAGCCUGCAGGGACCGGCUAUACUCACCAGAACAACUAUAUUAAGCUGGUGACUGUAGUGUCCCUUUGAGUGUUAAGUGGUUUUACAUAUUUUUAUGUUUUCUUACAUAAUAUGGUGGGGAACAGUGAGUGUUUUCCUGUGUAUCGGUUUGUUGUACAGGUAUGAGGAAUGCAUCUGUCACAGAGUAUUAGAAAAGGUGAAGGUUGUGCCUGUAAUUUCAUGUUGUAAAUAUCUAACUUGGAAUAUUGAGUGCAUGGUCUAACCCAUCUAGCCAAGUUUUCUUUAUGCUUUCAUCUGCCAUUUAGUUUUUACCUUCUGUACCACUCUUAUGUUUCCUUACAGCAUUAUUCCAACUGCUUUCCUGGGCACUGCUGUUAUAUUCAUAUGCUUUUCACUCAGUGCUUUGUAUGCACAGCGCCGUAGUUUCUUGUUCCUGGGAGGUAAGUGUUGCCAAGAAUUGAACCUGCCUAGUCUAUAUUUUCUUUGCUCUGUUUGGUUUUUAAUGCUCUGUGCUUUUCUUACUUUAGGUAUCCUUUUGUCUGCAUUGAGCCUGCUUGUUCUCUCAUCAUUGGUGAAUUUUUUUGUUGGCUCAGUUCUGCUUUUCAAAGUAAGUUCUGUGCAAAAACAAACUGAGACUGCUUUUAGAGAUAAUCAAUUAAAAGAUUAUAUCUGCCUAUUCAAAGCUAAUCAUUUGAAAAUGUGCCGAAAGAACACAGAUGGCAUCUCAUAGCACCUUGUGUUUGUGGUGUGUUUGUUUGUUUGUUUGUUUGUUUGUUUGUUUGUUUGUUUGUUUGUUUGUUUUUUUGUGUUUUUUUGUGGUGCAAAUAAAUCUGACACUUUUUUUUUUUUAUUAUUAUUGUUGUACCACGGGAGAUGUACCAAUUUAAAUGUCUAAAGUUUGUUUUGUUUAGUGUAAAGGUAACAAUUGGCAAUACAAACCUUUUUAGUGCUAUUUAAUUAAUUGAUUGCACAGGUUUUUUAACACCUGAUGUUCCAAACACAUUUAGUUCAUCCCACUGUACAUGAAAUCCAUAGAGAUGAAUAGUUUGUGUUUGUUGUGCAGAUGAUUUUUAGCUACGUGUAAUACGUCUCCUUUAAAAUGCAUCCAUGUCCUCAUUUGCAUUGCACUUCUUUGCGUAGUACUCUACUUGUUGUAGGCAAGUCUUAAGUUAUACUUUAUCCAUGUAGUGACUAGAUUGACCAUUAACCUCAAACUCCUUGUUUCUGUUCCAGAUGCACAUGUACAUUGGUUUACUGGUCAUGUGUGGCUUUGUCUUGUUUGACACUCAGCUUAUCAUUGAGAAGGCAGAACACGGGGACAAGGAUUAUGUGUGGUGAGCAAUGACUCUAAUGAUGUUUUUUUUUGUUUUGUUUUUUAUGUCCUUUAUCCUAUGUAGCAUAAGUGUACAGUAUGUAAGAAGUAAACAAUGCAUUUUUGAUUGUUUUAUUGUCAACCAUAUUUACACAAAAUGCAUUUGCAUUUUUUGUUUCGGUGUGUCUAAGUUUGAUCUGGCAGCAUCUUGUUCAUAUUGGCUGCUUGGGCUGCUACUUUUCUGAUGCUGAGUGACAAGUUUGAGAGAGAUUUUACAACCAGCCACCAGUUGCUUAGAGGUGACCUACAUCAGUCUGGGUUAAAUAGAGUAUGUCCACCUCUGGCAAAGUGGCUGCCAUACAACCGCAACAUGAAAUCUUACUCAUGCCUAUUAAAGUCUGGACUAAUACUCCAGAAUUAUUGAUGAAUAAUUGAAAUGUUGCCCUCAUUGUGCCUGGGAUCCUGAGAGGUAAAUGCUGCAGGUGCUCUCCUUUUGUAAAAAUGGAAACACUUGAGAUGACUAAUAUAGGGAUGUCAAGAAUAUUCCAAAAUCUCUACUUGAUGCCACAAGGACAGUUUAGGAUGGGGAUCAUAAUACAGAAGGAAAGCAGGACCAUUAGACCCUCUGUCAAGAUUUAAAUCAAUAUAUUGUGUAUGAAUUAGGGUUUCAUUUGGUCUUCUCCUGCCCUUGUAAACACAUUUGCUGCACCUUUAAACACCAUACAUUAAGCCUUUUUUUCCCCUUGGUGGAACCAGUCAAAAUAUUUUAAACAUCUGUAUAUUUACAGAUGUCCCAGGGAUAGCCUAAGAAAAUAGUCAAACCAGUGUAGUGGGUUAUAUGUUUUAUUUUUGGGGUGUUUAAUUUUGUUGGAUUUUUUUAAUUAUUAUUUUAUUUUAUUUUUUUGUCUCUUCAUAAUAAUUGGGUGACUUGAAUGAUUGCACAUUUCUACGCAAGUAAAGGCCAGUCCUUCUGCUUUUUAAAUUGAUCUUGAUCAAGCACGAGUUUGACUCUGUCUGCCACACAUAUAAAUGUUAACAUGCCGGCUAUUUUGCUUAUAGGCACUGUGUUGACCUGUUUCUGGACUUCAUCACCAUUUUUAGGAAGCUCAUGUUAAUUCUGGCUAUGAAUGAGAAGGUAUGUAUUUUCAGCUUAAUAGAUGUAUAGUCUUUUCAGAUAUAUGAUGUCUGAAUUUUUUUUCCACAUGCACUAUGGAUUUCUUUUGUUAUGUAUUUCAUUUUAAUAACUUAAUAUGGUAUCACCACAACAUAAACAUUGCAAAAAUUACCACUAGUCCCAUGGUCUCAAGUGAGUAGAUUUUACAGAUGGUUACAACAAGUAACAUGUCAGUCUCUAAUAUUAAAUAGAUAAAUAUAGAUAAAUCACUUUGCACAGUCCAUUUUUCUGGCCUAAAAUAUUCAACAAUCUUAGUGCAAAUGGAGUACAAAGAAUAAUGAAACAGACCCAUAGCAAAAUUGUCUUUCUCUGACUUAAAAACUGGAAAAAUGUCAUACAAUGCUUAGGUAUACAAAGGUGUAGUAUAUAUCAGGACCAUUGAGCUUGGGGUUAUGUGUGUGUGUGUGAUUGCAGCUAGCAGGGAUCUUCUGAUAAUCUAGGCAGAGCUGAACAGAUUAAGUACUGCACAGGCUACAUAUAGGGGACUAACCAUGUGGUCAUUAAAUUAUUUCUGUUAUAUUAGUCUUCUGUUGUUUUGACUAUUAAGACCAUCCACCAUGACUUUGUUCUUUUUCUUUUUUUUUGCUGUAGGAAAAGAAGAAAGAGCGGAAAUAAAUUGGUUUGCCAUCCCAUUCAUAAUGUCUUGAGUCAUCAUAAUUUUUUCUUCUGGUGACUGUGUCCUAUAAAUCUAAAGAAAACUUUGAGAAACUCCUUCUUUUUGUACAUUCAGUCAUAUGAAAAAUCACCCUACUUACACCAUAAUUUUGUUUUUUUGUUUUUCUUUUACAAGGGGCUUUUGGUUUUAAUAUAAUUUUUACACUGAUGCACAAGUAUGUCCAACAAAUUCCUGACAGGCUUGGCUAUUAAUGCACUGUCUCAGUGUUGGAUAUGGGGAAAAUUCUAUUUCACUCCUUGAUCCUCAAGUACUUCAUUUGUGCAUCACUGUAUAAACUUUACAAUACAAGCACCUUUAUUUCUUUAACAAUUCUACAAUUAAAUUGCCCUACUUUAUGACUAAAUACUUGUAGAACCAAUGUGAAAUUAAAGAACCUUUAUGUCUGUUUACCUUAACCUGUUUAAUACGCAGUAUGGCAGUUGUGUUCCUCAGAUACACGUUAAUGAGUCAUAUAUUGAGCCAAAGGCUCAGAAAUCGCUGGAGUUGGUCGAUCUUCCUCUGCUUUUUCAUAAAUGAAUGGACAAGAGGAGGGCCGAUCACCUUGUGAUAAAGGCACAGAGUUUCCCACACCUUGCUUUUAGGACUGGUGUUUGUGUUCCUCCUUCCUGCAAAGUCUGUCUGUAUUUGAGAACUGUGAUUACUCAACAGUCAAGCUGCCUUCCCAAGAAGGAAAUUAAACUUGUUUGUAAUUGCUGGAUAAAUGUUAGGGCUAUCUUUUUUUCUACAGCCCUCCCCUCCCCGUUUGACAUUCUCUGUAACAUGGAGUCAUUAACACAAACUUAAAGAUCAUUGAUGACUAGAGGUAUUUUUUGAUGUGUGCACGCACCCGACGUCAGAGGAAUCCGAUUCAAAAUCCUCACUCAAAGUAUUCACAACCUGUAAUUCUAGAUGUAUUUUUCUUAGACUUGUGUGUUGUAGCUUAAUUGCAUAUUCAUAUGUGGAAGUAGCAAUUUAUUCAAGUUGGUCCAGAAGGUGAGAGAAUUUAAUUUUUACGUCCAUAUUCCUUUCGCAGCCUCUUCAAUAGGACAUAGGACCUCCCUUAAAAUUUCUCUCUCGUUCUAUGAAUCAGUUCCUUUCUGCCAGGAAAAUUUAAUCUAUGAAGCAAUCCAGUAACUAGUGUUUUUCAAAAGUGCUCAAUCUGUGGAAGAUGUUGAGGUCUGAGGACUUAUGCAGGAGGUCUGAUUAAAGUGUUACUUGUCCCCCGCUAUCCCCCCCCUACUUUCCCCCUUAAUCUUGCAUGCUUUUAGGGAUGCUGCAAGCUGCUUUAGAAAUGGUGCCAAGGACAAGAGGAAAAAAAUAAAAUUAUAUGUUAAAAAUGAAAAUCAGAAUUUCAUAAUCACUUUAUUUUCUAGUGCAGUGAUUUUCAGAUUCUGUUUGAUUUGAAAUGAAAAUUAAAAUUUGUACAAA